AACGAACCCCAAACCCCCGCCGCCCCUCCGACUCGGCUACGCGGGCAGGCGCAUUCGAGGUUGCGCGCGCAGUGCCGAUGCACGAGCAAGGAUCGAGGGAAGGAGGCCUCGCGUCUGCCGUCUUCAUGUUUUCUCAGUUCCGUCCUUUUGUUUCCCUCACUUCGGCUCGUUUCCACCCCGCCGUCCUUCUUGGCUACACAAUUCCAAAGCGUCUCACAGCAAAUCGUUCCCACAGUUGUAUCGAGCAUCACUCUAGGCUUUUUGGGAUUGGAUCGCCAGCCAGGGACCACGGCCGAGGCCCAAUCAAGCACCCUGUCCCGGCGCGAGACCCCUGCCCAAUAAAUUUACAAGCACACACACCCCCUGCCCUGGCCGUUAUUACUACACGGACGCAGAUCGGGCUCCCCCCUGCUCGCCCGUGGCCGACGAUAAAGUGACAAUGGCCAGCCGACUCGGCCAGCGCCAGCCCUCGGCUGGUGCGCUUGACCUUUUUGCUGUGCUCGAGGACAGCAUCUCCAGCUCGCAGACCAUUCCGCUGAUAUCAUCGUCGCCUGCAUCGCAUCGCACCGACGACGCUCACACCACCAAGACCAACACCAUUGUCAUCACGAGCCUCAGCACGGCCGCCGUUGCUAGCUCCAAUAUUCCCGAACCUUCCGUCCUGGGCGAGCGCAACAACCAGCAGGCCCAGAACCUCCGCCCGCCUGAACUAGCUUCUCCCGAGUCGCUCGCCGACCGGCUUGAUCAGCUCCAUAUCAGCAGCCCCAAAAAGGCCUUCUUGGACCCCAGGGACCAGAAGCCUCUCUCGCGCGGCCCCCACACGCGCCUGCCGCUCGACGAGAACACAUUCCUCCCUCCCGGCCUGCCGCUGGUUGCGCCCAAGACUGUCCAGUCGCUGAGCCGUUAUCCCGAGCCUGGCCACGGCCAACUCCGUCAAGCGUCUGGCGCCGUCCCUCGACCAAGGGCGAAGCUUGUUCAAGCAGACGCACCCGCUGCGCACUCUCCAACACCACUCCCGUCUGCGAUCAGUCGUGCCGUAGACCAGCGGAAACUAGAAAAGAACGCGGCCGGCGAUUUUGACUACCUUCUCUCAGUUCCAGUCUCAUCGCCUGCAGCAGAAAAGUACCUUCGUGAGAGUGGCAAGUCCAGCGGCAUCGAUCUUGCUUCCGACACAAGCGACCCGAGCGCAAAACUCUACUUUGGUUGCAACCUGGUUGAGUCCAGGACUGAGUCGACAACCAAAGACUCGGGCGAAGGCGCCGGUGUCGAAAACCACUGCGUCCCCAUCUACACACUCUUGGCAACCCGGAUCCGCAACCCUGAGCUGGCCUCAGCCAAGGCAAACACCAAGCAACCAGGAACCGUCUCUCCCGUCACAAUGAUUCCUGAAAACGCCAACCCCUCGUCUAGAACAGAGCUUCGGAUAAAUGUGCUGGAGCCAUGCGAGGUUUCCGCCAAGCUGUUGGUACCCCGGAGCACAUCCCCACACAGGUCUUCCAGUCCGUUCCCUCGGCCAGUAUCCAGCGCGCGAAUCGAGGACAGCUUCGAGGCCCUAGAUGAUCUAGAGGAGCAGCUAGAGGCGCUGCACGAGGUUGUCAGGGCUGAGCGCGUUCCCUCCCCAGACAAGCUGCAGAAGGCCCCGAGCACCAAACAGCCAACCACUGUCAAACGAUCAUCGUCAACCACCAAGAAGCCAAUCUCGAGAGCGGGCUCAGUGCGUUCUAGCGCAGCCGAAGUCUCUCGCAGCAGCUCUGUGCGGAAUUCUGUGUCUAUUGUCCUCAACAAGAAGGACCAGAAACCAACACCAACAAGCUCGCCCUCGGUAAAGCGGGCGACUAGCACACGGGCUAGGCCCACCAGUCUCAUUGAGACAAGGCAACCCGCGAAGACGGUGCCGAUGUUUGAGCUACCGGGCGAUGCUGUGGCGCGGAGACUUAAUGGGCAACGCGAGGCGCGGCUGGCCAAGGUGGAGGCGGAGAAGGCAGAGAAAGCAGAGAAGGCGAGCGCUCUCCAGAGGGCGCGCUCAGCCAGGCUACCCACCAGGCCAACCUUUGAGCUCCCUGGCGAGGCCAUCUCGCGACGGAAGAGGGAGGAACACCAAGCUAAGCUCCGAGCGCAGGAGGAAGAGGAGCGUCGGCGACGGGAGUUCAAGGCUCGCCCUAUCCGCGCGGCCCUGACCACGCCGGCUAGUGUGCCUCGUGAGACGGUCGCCAGUCGUGCGCGCCAGGCUGCCAAGGCGGCGAGCGCGUCGGCGGAACAGUGCGAAAGCUUGGCAGCCACGACGUCACCUGGAAAGAAGCGGGUUGCCGUUGGUACCGGCGCCAGCCUCUCGCGACGACCCCUGAGUGGCGUCGUGGACAGCCAACAGCAGCGGGGCCGAGACACGGCGGCCGCGGGCUCAGUAGCGUCUCGGAACAAGCCGGCUGCUAGUAGCAUCCGCGGAACGUCGACGUCUACGGGCAGCACCAACAUUAGCAAGAGCAGCAGCGGGGUGUCGAACGAGGACAUGCAGCAGCAGCGACGCCGCGCCCGCGAGAUAUACCGACGCGAUAACAGCCUCGUCGAGGAGCGUGAGCAAAACCAGCGCGGGCGCGAGAUGAUGGCCAAGCUGGCCCGACAGGAGGCGGCCGAGCGAUCUCGCCAGCUCAGCCGCGAGUGGGCCGAGCGGCGCCAGACCAAGCGCUCGUCGGUGGUGGGACCACCAUCAAGCCCUCCCACUGGAGGAAAGGUUGUCGUCCGUUGAGAGAUGGUAAACGCCGGCCAUGACGACCUCGGCUCUACAACACCCGGCAUGACUGGAAACCUUGGUGGUCUGAUGGCAGACUACGCGUUCAAGUCCAUAUUCCGGACAGCAUUUCUUUUGUCCAACUCACAUUCUUGGGUGUAGGUCCCGGAGAGGACGUAGGGAGGGAUAACCAACUGGCUGGGCGGCUUUAACGAUUGCAUUUUACAAGCACAAGCAAGGAGUCCCGAGUGUAUUUUUAUCGGGUUGUUUUCAGUCUUGUUUUUGUUUCUUUCUUCUGUACUUCUUUCCAUUACAGGCCCACCCUGUCUUUCUUUCAAUUCACUCCGACUGCCGACUUCCCGACCUCUUUCAGGGGCAAGUCAGGCCUACUGUCUUUUGGAUGUAGAUUUCUCUUGCUCAUGAAAAGAAAAGUUCGUGUCG